AGCAUCAUGGCACCUAUCGGAUUAAAGGCGGUGGUCGGCGAAAAGAUUAUGAAUGAUGUUAUCAAGAAGGUGAAGAAGAAGGGAGAAUGGAAGGCGCUGAUUGUGGACCAGCUGAGCAUGAGGAUGUUGUCGUCCUGCUGCAAGAUGACAGACAUCAUGACAGAAGGCAUCACCAUUGUGGAGGACAUCAACAAGCGACGAGAGCCUCUUCCCAGCCUGGAGGCCAUUUUCCUGAUUACACCCACCGAAAAGUCGGUCCACACCCUCAUCGCAGACUUCAAAGACCCUCAUUCAGCUAAAUACAAGGCAGCUCAUGUUUUCUUCACUGACUCCUGCCCCGAUCCUCUGUUCAAUGAGCUGGUGAAGAGCCGCGCUUCCAAAACCAUCAAGACUCUGACGGAGAUCAACAUCGCCUUCUUGCCCUACGAGUCUCAGGUGUACUCUCUGGACAAUCCAGACGCCUUCCACAGCUUCUACAGCCCCCACAAGACCCAGCUGAAGAACCCGGUGAUGGAGAGGCUGGCUGAGCAGAUCGCCACGCUCUGUGCCACCCUGAAGGAGUACCCUGCUGUCAGAUACCGAGGCGAGUACAAGGACAACUCCACCCUGGCCCAGCUGGUUCAGGACAAACUGGACGCUUACAAAGCUGAUGACCCCACUAUGGGAGAGGGUCCAGACAAGGCUCGCUCACAGCUGAUCAUCCUGGACAGGGCGUUUGACCCCGUCUCUCCUGUCCUGCAUGAGCUCACCUUCCAGGCCAUGGGCUACGACCUGCUGCCCAUCGAAAACGACGUCUACAAGUAUGAGACCAGCGGCAUUGGAGACUCUCGUGAGAAGGAGGUCCUGCUGCAUGAGGACGAUGACCUGUGGGUGAGCCUGAGACACAAACACAUAGCUGAGGUGUCCCAGGAAGUGACGCGUCAGCUGAAGGACUUUUCUUCCAGCAAGAGGAUGAACACUGGAGAGAAGACCACAAUGAGGGAUCUGUCCCAGAUGCUGAAGAAGAUGCCUCAGUACCAGAAGGAGCUCAGCAAGUACUCCACUCACCUGCAGCUGGCUGAGGACUGUAUGAAGCACUACCAGGGAACAGUGGACAAGCUGUGCCGCGUGGAACAGGAUCUGGCUAUGGGCACAGACGCUGAGGGGGAGAAGAUCAAAGACCCCAUGAGGGCCAUCGUGCCCAUCCUGCUGGAUGCCAACGUCAGCACGUACGACAAGAUCCGCAUCAUCCUGCUCUACAUUUUCCUCAAGAAUGGCAUCACGGAGGAGAACCUGAACAAGCUGAUCCAGCACGCUCAGAUCCCCCCUGAGGACAGUGAGAUCAUCACCAACAUGGCUCACCUGGGCGUCCCCAUCAUCACAGAUUCCACCCUCCGCCGAGGAAAGAAGCUGGACAGGAAGGAGCGCGUGAGCGAGCAGACCUAUCAGCUGUCCCGCUGGACACCACUGGUGAAGGACAUCAUGGAGGAUGCUAUUGAUGAUAAGCUGGACACCAAGCACUACCCCUACAUCUCCACCCGCUCCUCUGCCUCCUUCAGCACCACUGCAGUCAGUGCUCGGUAUGGCCACUGGCACAAGAAUAAGACACCUGGAGAGUACCGCACCGGGCCACGUGUCAUAGUCUUCAUCAUCGGCGGCGUGUCCUUCAGCGAGAUGCGCUGCGCCUAUGAGGUCACACAGGCCAAUGGGAAGUGGGAGGCCAUCAUUGGAUCGACCAGCAUCUUCACCCCCACCACCCUGCUGGAGCAGCUCAAGGCCAUGAACAAACCAGACGAGGAAGUGACAAGCUAAAAUACUCCAAUCACAUCUCUCUCCUCUUUACCUUCCUUAACUCUGCCCCCUCCUCCUUCUCCCCACCUUACCUCCAUACUCCCCCCCCAUAAAGCCCACAUUAAUUGUGUAUGCAUCUUGCUUGAGAAGAAAAAAAAGACAUCUUAGAUGAUAAAAAAAAUAUAUGUUGUAUCAAAGAAUAAAAUUGUUGCAAGUAUUCUCAUGUUUUACAAUGGAUGCAACUAAAUGGACUUAUUUAAAAAGGUUUAAAUAUCAGAACAGAAGGCCAUUUAAAACUGAAAGUACCAAAAUGUCAUAUUGUAUGCUAUGAACCUGCUAGAAUGUGUAAAAGGUAGACAUUUUCUCUUGUUUGAUCCUUUGGGUUUCCUCCUUGGUGUGAGUUUUGUUGGAAGCGGGUGGAGGAGGGAUGUGCAGGAGAGGUUGAUGUCGUAAAAUAUAUCAUAUCAGUCAACAUGCAAUAUAUAUAUAUGAAUAUAUUCAUCAGAGAGGAGCCCCCCCUGCCCAUUUGAGAUGUUUGUAUUCAGUAGCAUGCUUGGACUUGUGUGGACUGUUAAUGUGUUUGUAUCCAGUGUGGAUGUUCUGGGAGCCGCAGAGUUAGCGUUUAGCUUUUUCCUAACAUGUCAGGCUUGAAUACUCCACUGAAAACCUUUGUUUUGAGUAUCAGAAAGUCUAAAAGCGUGCUUUGAAACCUUUCAGACCACACCUGAAGCAUCAUCCACGACUCAACAGUUCAUCUGUAUACUCAGUUGCCAGUUUAUUAGGUGCACCUUGCCAAAACCAUGGCAACGUGGCAAUGACCAUAAAGUGGCCACUGCUAGCAAAAACUACUUUAAAUGAGAUCAUUUAUGCACAAUUUUGGCUAAGAUAAGACAUUUUUAUUUAUGUAUGUGCAAUUCAAAUCAAUCAUUCGCUUCCAGAGUGUUUGAUACUCAAAACAUACAUUCUCGAUUAUGUGUUGGUUUAAAAAUGCUUCGUUAAACUGAUGUUGGAAAGAACUCUGUAAAAAGAAUCAUCCCUCCUCCUGCUGCCGGGACUGUAAAGUAUUUACUUGCCACAACUUUUUCCUUUCUCCAGAGAAACUUCACGUUUUAAUGUCAAAGAGGCCGUUGCUUGCUGAUAUUUAAUGAAUAAUCUUAAAAAGGGCCAGUUGUAUUUCAGUAUUGUAUCCUGUCAGAAUAAGUCUUAUCUUUGGUUAGUAAUGAUGUUUAAUUGGGCCAUGCACUGAGUAGUGUUGUGUAUCUGCCAUAUGUUGCUGUUUUAGCGUCUCACUGUUGACUGGUGAUAUUUCUGACUGUGAAGUAGUGAUACUUUUCCUUUAAAAAUGCCAAUGUGAAGCCGCCGUGUUUGUGAUGUUUAGCUGUAGCUGUUAGUCGUCAACCGGGAAAAAGAACUAAUAUCUAUAUUUUCUUUGUCUGUUUCCUCCUCUGGUGCAAUGUAAAAACCCUCAAAUGGUGAAUGGCUUUGCAAAAAAAAACCUUAAACCCCCCUUUUCACUUUUGUUUCCUCCCUCCCUCCCCUCUUUCCUGGCCAAACAAGUUGUAUAUUGCACUAUAAUGCGUUUUCUGUGAUGCAAACGCUUGACUUUGUGUUUUUUUUUCUAUUAUAAUUUGCUGUUGUAUAGGGUUUACUGUCAAAUCAAUUGAUUUAUAUCAAAAUUAUUUAUCAGAGAAAAAAUAAUAAUGAUACAUUAGUCUGUCCUGAAACUGUUUAACUUAUUGGGAUUGUAUGUUUGCGAGUGUUGAAGCACAAACAAUACUUCCAUGUGUA